AUGUCUGUUAAAGUGGAUGGGAUAGUCAAAAAGAAGGCUAAGAGUCAUAGUAAGAAACUUGAUGCUAGAGCAUUAGCUGAUAAAAUUAAGAAAAAUGCGUUAAAGCAGCAGAAGGAAGAAGAGCCUGCUAAAGAAGAAAAUGUAGCUGACGAUGCUGAAACUAUCGUUGAUCCAACAGCAGAAUUGAAAUUUAAGUCAUUCAGCGAAUUAAAAUUGAUUCCAGAGUUGUUGGAAGCUAUUGAACAAAUGAAGUUCACUAAACCAACACCCAUUCAGUCCGAGGCCAUUCCACAUGCACUCGAAGGCAAGGAUAUUAUUGGACUUGCACAAACAGGUUCAGGUAAGACUGCAGCAUUUGCAAUUCCGAUUUUACAGGCAUUAUGGGAAGCACAAUCAGCAUAUUUCGGGUUAGUAUUAGCACCUACUAGAGAAUUAGCGUAUCAAAUCAAAGAAACGUUUGAUGCGUUGGGAUCUUCAAUGGGAUUGCGUGCCGUUUGUAUAGUUGGUGGUAUGGACAUGAUGGAUCAAGCAAGGGACUUAAUGCGUAAACCGCAUAUCUUGGUUGCAACACCUGGUAGAAUCAUGGAUCACUUGGAACACACGAAAGGGUUCUCUUUAAAGAAUUUGAAAUACUUGGUAAUGGACGAAGCAGAUAGAUUAUUAGAUAUGGAUUUCGGGCCAGCUCUUGACAAGAUCUUGAAAAUUAUUCCAACCCAGAGAACAACUUACUUGUUCUCAGCAACAAUGACCAACAAAAUUGCCAAAUUGCAAAGAGCUUCUUUACAUAAUCCCGUAAGAGUUGCCGUUUCUAAUAAAUACCAGACUGCUGAUAACUUAGUUCAAUCCAUGAUGUUGGUGAGUGAUGGUUACAAGAAUACAUAUUUGAUUCAUUUGUUAAAUGAAUAUCUCGGCAAAUCAAUAAUCAUUUUUACAAGAACUUGUGCACAUUCACAGAGAACUGCCUUGUUGGCAAGAAUAUUGGGCUUUUCGGCAGUCCCAUUACAUGGACAAUUAACUCAAGCUCAAAGAUUGGGAUCGUUAAAUAAGUUUAAGUCAGGUAAAGCUAACAUUUUAAUCGCAACUGAUGUUGCUGCAAGAGGUUUAGAUAUACCAUCUGUGGAUAUUGUCAUAAAUUACGAUAUCCCAACUGACUCAAAGGCUUACAUUCAUAGAGUGGGUAGAACUGCGCGUGCUGGAAAGUCUGGUAAAUCAAUUUCCUUAAUCACUCAAUAUGAUUUGGAAAUGUACUUAAGAAUUGAAAGUGUCUUAGGCAAAAAGUUACCUAAGGAUCCAGCUCCGCCUAAAGCUGUCUUGGACACAUUACAUGUUCAUGUUGACAGAGCAAGCGCAGAAGCUAUCAGACAAACUAAAGAUUUCCAUGAAAAGAGAAACCCAAAGAAGAAUCGUGAUGACAGAGAUCGUGAAGAACGUUAA